AUGGGAGCUGACAGCAGACGGAAUGUUCUGAGGAACGCACCUGUUUGCUGUCAGAUUAUGGAGACAAUUGAUGUGUCACCUGCUGGGGAGCAUGUCAGGCUGCUUUGCAGCCUCCCUGGACCUCUGCAGGUGAGCUAUGGGCAGCAGCUGACCUCAACAGGCCAGAACCGGUUACCCAGUCUAAACCACCUGCAGGAUUAUGUUGGAAAAGAGGAGGAUUUCUCUGACCAGCAGCUCUGUGGACUGGAGAGGAAUUCCAGUUUGGACCAAGAGGAACCAGAAACUCUGCAGAUAAAAGAAGAGCAGAAAGAACCAGAACAUCCCUGGACAAAAGAGGAAACCAUGGAGCUCCCUAUAAGUGAGCAUGAAGAGCAACAACCUUUCCCAUGUUUGACAUGUGGAGAAACUUUUCUAAAUAAAGAACAUUUAAUGGUUCACAUGAGAACUCACACAGACCGCCUGCAGGAUUAUGCUGGAAAAGAGGAAGAUUUCUCAGACCAGCAGCUCUGUGGACAGGAGAGGAAUUCCAGUUUGGACCAAGAGGAACCAGAACCUCUGCAGAUAAAAGAAGAGCAGCAAGAACCAGAACAUCCCUGGACAAAAGAGGAAACCAUGGAGCUCCCCAUUAGUGAGCAUGAAGAGCAGCAACCUUUCCCAUGUUUGACAUGUGGAGAAACUUUUCUAAAUAAAGAACAUUUAAUGGUUCACAUAAGAACUCACAAAGGUCAGAAGAUUCAUGAAUGUCUGUCCUGUGGAAAAAUUUUCAAAAAGAAAUCUGAUCUUGAUAAACACAUGAGAUUCCACACAGGUGAGAAGCGUUUUGAAUGUCUGUCAUGUGGAAAAAUCUUCACCUCCAAGUCUGAUCUUAAUAUUCACAUGAGAAUUCACACAGGUGAGAAGCCUUUUGAAUGUCUGUCCUGUGGAAAAAGCUUUACUAUGAAAUCUUAUCUUGAUAGACACAUGAGAUUCCACACAGGUGAGAAGCCUUUUGAAUGUCUGUCCUGUGGAAAAAGCUUUACUAUGAAAUCUUAUCUUGAUAGACACAUGAGAUUUCACACAGGGGAGAAACCUUUUGAAUGUCUGUCCUGUGGAAAAAGCUUUACUAUGAAAUCUUAUCUUGAUAGACACAUGAGAUUUCACACAGGUGAGAAACCCUUUUUAUGUCUGUCCUGUGGAAAACGCUUCACUCGGAAAUCUAGUCUUGAUUCACACAUCAAUCGCAUACAUUUGUGAGAACGGUUUUAAACAAGAACUUAAUUUGAGUCUUCAGGUGACAUUUAUUCAUGCAGGAUGUGGAAUGAUUUAUAUGUAUAUUUUUUUUACACAUUUGUUCCAUAUAAGUCACAGCAGUUAGACGCCGCAGGAAUGAACAGUAAGGCGUUUUCUAUGUUUGAAUGGUGAUAAAAAGAAAAUACCUCAUUACAUGAGAAACCCACAGUUAAUGAUCUUUUGAGCAAAGUUUUGAUGAAGCGGUUAAUUAAUAAAGCUCAUUUCACAUAGAAACUAGAACAGAUAAGGUGUUAUAAUGUAAACCUGGUAAAUAUUCAGGUCCUGGGCGAAAAUGUGGAUGUGAACAUCUGAAAGUUAAUUAUUUUGGGUCUGAGAAAGUUUAAAUGGCCAAAAAAACUUCCUAACAAAAAGAUGUUUACAUUCACAAAUGUUUUUACCUUUUCUGUUAUAAAGGGAAUAAACAAUAAAGUGCAACAACAACAUUUCAUCUAAAACAUCUUGGUUACAGAUGAAGCUAGUUUGCUGUCCAUACAACAGGCAAUCGAGAAGUUAUAGAUGUUUAAAUUUUAAAAAUCCAGACGGACCCCUGCUGUGCCAUGCAUGGUGUGGCACAACUUUUUUGAUUGAAAAUUUUUUGGAAUAAAAAACAAGUUUUAUUUUUGGGACUAAGAACCUUUUAGCUGAAUGAUGAGUUAUUGGUUGGAUAUAUUCCAGAAACAGACUUUUAUUCUGAUUAAAAUAAAAGCAAAGGUUGGACAAACAA